AUGACUUCUGCGGCCAUUGCACCAUUGUCGCCCUCUCGCUCGCGGCCCUACCGAUCCAAACGGGCCCGGCCGUGCGACCUGUGUCGCUCCCGCAAGGCUUGCUGCCGCAUCAACACCGCGCCGCCAUGCGGUCUCUGUGCGAAGCUGGGCCUGAACUGUACCUUCGAGCAGCAGCCGUCCAAGCGGCGGUCCUCGCACCGGGUUCAGCUGGAAGGCGACGACGAUUCACCAGGCGGCCAGCACGACGACGCCUCGCCUCAGAGUGCGGGGCUUCCGUCUUUCCCAGGCCGUGACCUGGCCCGGGCUCGGGCUCAGGUCCAGGCAGCUCGUGAUCAAGGAAGAAUCGACCGCGAGGGGCAGGCCAGGACGGGCCGGGCGAGUUCGUUCCAUUUCCCGACCCCGCUGGAGCGGAAGAGCAGUGCUCAGUCACAGGCGCACGACGCUGUGUGGCGGGACGAGGCGGCGCGGUUGAAUGAGACGCCUCUGCUGCCAGAGAUGGCAGAGCUCGACUUCGAGCGCUGUAUGCCGUUUGACUGCUGGCUAGCCGGCGAUGUGUUUGCGGAUCUGCCUGCCCUGGUCGAACCGGUCAGCCUGCCCGAUGAGGGACAUGCGGGAGAGCAACCAUUCACUGCCGCGGCAUCCCAGUAUGUGGCGGCAUCUGAGUCGCACGCAAUCGAUGGGCGCAGGGAGAACGUCGAUGUUCCCAAGCCAGCGUCGAGGGCGUCGGAAAAUCCCCUCGACAGUCAGAUGAGCUACAAUUCUAGAUUGGCCGUGAACUCCCUCGACGACAAGAAAGGCACCAACGCACAGUUCUUUGGCCUGUCCGGCGAGUCAGACCCAUAUCUGCUGCAGCAUUACCGCUACGACGAACGGGGGGAAUUCACUCAGUUCAAACUGUCGUACCGCAAAGUGGCGGACGACAGCUCGUCGGCAAAGUGGCUGUCCUCGCCUCCUCCCAACGGAGUGCCCGUCUAUUUCAAAGUCUCUCCAGACGAUCUCGAAGGAGACAUCAAGGAAGAAACGACCAUUCGUCCAAACGUGUCGUCUGAGACGAUCAGAAAGGAACUCUACGACCUGGUCUCGAUCGAGGACGGCUGCCGGCUGAUGGACUUAUUCCUGAAAUACGUGUUUCCGUCAUUCCCAGCCAUUUCGCGCUCGCAGCUGGGCAUCACGCCCACCAACCCGACCGUGUCCCCAUCGACACUGGAAACAAUGCCCACCCACCUCCUCGCCGCCAUCUAUGCGUCGUCACUCGUCUACUGCCCGCACGACGAUCACCUGUGCGUGUCGAAAGUAUACCACCAACCGUCGGCGACCAAGAUCUGGCGCAUCGUCUACGAGGAGAUGUUCCGCGAGAUCCACACGCCGCAUCUCUCGCUUGUCCAAGCCAUGCUGCUGUACCUCCAGAAGCCGCGAACAGGCCAGAGCAGCGUGGCCUGCGACACGCCGUUCCAUUGGUCGCUGAUGAGUAUGUUGAUGGCCCUGUCGACCAGUCUCGCGUUGCACCUGGAUUGUCAGGCCUGGAACAUCCCGGCGUGGGAGAAGAGGCUCCGGAGACGGCUGUGGUGGAUGGUCUAUGUCGAGGAGAAGUGGAGGUGCUUGCUGGGCGGGUAUCCGAGUUUGAUCCAUGGCGAUCAAUGGGACGUCGCCGAGUUAACGGAGAAGGAUUUUGUCAUCGACCGUGUCGAUGAUGACUGCCACAGGGCUAAUAAUGGUGACCGAAGCAAUAGAGGCAAUAGCUGGGUGGUGGAAUCUGGGGAGCGGUUUUGCCAACUUGCGCAGCUGUCCAUCAUCAGCGAGGAAGUAUACUCUUCAUUCUAUACGCUCCGCGCGGCACGCCAGCUCUCACACGACUUUGACGCGUCGCUCGCGAAGGCUCAACCGAUCCGUCUGCGCCUGAAAGCAUGGUAUGCAGCUCUGCCAGCCUCUCUCCAGAUCCGCAAGAGCUUGAUGCUGGACGAGACGGGCUUCGCUGAGCUCGAAUCCAACUCGGCCCUGCACUUUGCCUAUCUGACGCUCGAGGUGCUGCUGUACCGCGCGCUGCUGCGGCCUAUGAACCUGCGGCGAGGGCCGAGGCUGGGUGCCAACGUCAACCUUGGCGCCACCGCCAGCGGAGGUCAUCAUCGCGAUGGGAACGAUGGCGAUGGCGACCACAGUAUGACGGAUGACUCGCCGCAUUCGCUGCCGGAUGUGGUUGGGGAUAAUCGCGCCGCGGCUGAGGCCGUCAUUGUGGCCGCUGAGAAGUGCGCAAAGAUCGUGACGCAUUUCACAGCUGGACUUGAUUCGCAGAAGUUCUCGGCGGGAUUCUGGUAUUCCUGGUCUCGCAUCGGCUUCGCCACCAUGUCGAAUCUAGCCAUGCUCCUGCUCGUCAAGGCACCCGAUGACACGCACCUGCUCGCCGCCAAGCGGAUCCUGCAGAACUGGCGACGCAUGCUGCGCUUUCAGAGCCGCAGCUUUGAGCAGAUGAAGCUGGGCUUGUUGCGGUUGGAGGUCAUGCUCUGGAAGGGGAUGGACGACUACAUCCUGGACGAGCGUGGCCGGGAUGCUCGGGGGACAUAG